UUUUUGUCCAAAUUACAAAAUAAAAUAUUUUGAGCGCAAUGGACGAACCAAUAACUCCUGACAAUACAAGAGUUGUCAGAAUAAUGGAUGAUUUCCACCAGUUCGUAAGAUCAGCAGAUCAACAACGUAGAGGAAUUCCUUUUAAUAUGAUUACUGAGGGGGAGACGCAUUCAUACGGAAAACGAUCAUUUUCAUCAUCUUCUGAGGCUUUAAAUCGAGCGAAAUUUGCGGAAAUGGAGAGUCGUCAUGUCUCGGAUGAACGAGCACAUAAAAUUGCCCGACUUGAUCUCGAAAGUCGCAAUGAAAAGCUGAUUUCUGAAAACAGACUUUUAAAAGAAAAAUGCGAUGGGUUGCAACUCAAAGUCAAACAAGUUACAAUGCAAGCGAUUACCGCACAAGACAAGUUUCAAGAAUUACGGAAUUCGCGCAUGAGAGAUAAAGAAAGUCUGGAAGAAAUGCUUAUAGAGUCACAAAAAGAUAAGGAAGCUUCAGAACGAGAUUUACAACUAAACAUUGACCAUUUACGGAAUUCUAACGAUGAGCUAAAACAGCGUAACACUCAUUUAUCCAUGCAGAAUAAUGCUUUGCGAGAAAAAUUAGAAGAAACUGCUGCUCUGUUGAACCAUAAAACAAGCAGGGUUCAAAAAUUGACUGAAGAUUUAAAAGAAUCUGGGAACAAUGAACCGAAGUUACGAGAAUAUCAACUGAAAAUACAGGAUCUCGAGUUGCGACUCUCACGAUCCAGUGAAGCGGAACAAAUGGCGAAAAUAUUGAAAGACGAUCUUGAACGCUUAAGAAUACUUGAAAUUGAAGUCGUUAAAUUAAGAGAAAGGAAUGAAAUUUAUAAAGAAAACGAGACAAAUGUACUUCUCAUGAAAGAAAAAUUAUUAUCUGCUGAAACAAAACUAUCUCACAAUGAAAAACUCAUCGAAAAAGCAGCUCUAACUGAGCUCGAAAAUAAAGAUCUAAUUGCACAAUUAAAUGAAGCAAAAAAGAAAGAAAUUUUACCUGUAACGGAUUUACUUGCUGAGGUGAAGAAAUUGCAACAAAAAGAAGCUGUGGCAGCAUGCGAUAAGGGACAAAUACAUGCAGAAUUGCUGACAUGUCGAAUAAAAUGUGAAGGAAUGCAGAACAAUAUUUCAAAUCUAGAAAAAACUAUCGAGGAAAAAAAUGAAGCCAAUCGCACAAAAGAUACACAAAUAAGACAUCUUCAGAAACGAGCAUUGCUUCUCACUGGUGAGCGAAACAGCUUACGUUCAAUUUUACAAUCGUAUGAUUCUGAGUUAUCAACAACCGCACACACCGAUCAACUUAUUUUACGAGCACAAAAUGCUGAGACUGCGAAUCAAAAAGUUCACACUCGACUUGUUGAUGUGGAAAAAGAAGCACUGAACAACGCUACACUUGCUUCUCAUUUAAAAGUUACGAUAAAAGAAAUGGAGAACAAUAUAAAGCAAUUAGAACGGAAAUUAGAAGAAGGCAGUGGUUCAAAAGCAGGUGAAAAAGAAAUGGAAAAUUUGCGUCAAAAAGUCGAAGAUUUAGAGAAAGAGCGUUCUCGUUUACAAAAAGAAAAAGAACAUUUAGAAUUAUGGGCAGAACAAAAUAAAAUGCGAGGGGAUUAUGAUCCAUCAAAAGUGAAAGUAUUCCAUCUUAAGAUGAAUCCAGCUGAUAUGGCACAUAAACAGAGUGCAUUAGAAGUUUCAAAAUUAAGAGCAAAAUGUCUAAAACUUGAAGAGAAGAUUCACAAACUGGAGUCGAAUCAGGAUGUAACAACGACGAAUAUUGAUGUGACGCAAGGAAAAGAUUUUCAAGAAAAGUUGGCGGCUUCUGAAUUGAAGAAUCAAAGACUGAAAGAAGUUUUUAGUAAAAGAAUUUUUGAAUUUCGACAAGCUUGUUAUACAUUGACUGGCUUCAGAAUUGAUUCUACUGCUGACAAUCAGUACAAGUUGGUAUCAAUGUACGCAGAAAAUGAAGAAGAUCAUCUCUUGUUCAAGUCUGAUUCUUCGGGGGUGAUGCAUCUCUUGGAAACAAACUUUUCAACAUCAUUGGACAAUUUAAUCAAGCUACAUUUACACCAUCAGAAUAGCAUUCCUAUGUUUCUCAGUAGUAUUACUGCAGACUUAUUCAGCCAACAAACUAUGGUCUAAUAAUCAUAUUACG